AUGAAGAUGAAGAACUGGGAGGACAUCAAGCCGGUUUGGCAGGAGUACACGCAGGAACAGUUUGGUGAGUGCUGGGGCAUGGGAUGGAGGAUGACAGAUGAAGGGAGGUUGAAAAGAAUCAGAAAGCCUGCUUUCAAACUGGAAACCGAUGGAGAUGGGAUGCCAUUGCUUCUGGACAUCACCAAAAUGAAACUCAAGGAGAAGAAGGCCAUAGUGAGGGCAUUUCUUACAUCACACUAUUGGAUCUGUUCCGGGAGUGACAAGGCAGUCGUGCCAUGGAGCACCAUCAUACAAAGUCACAAUGACUUUGUGGCAAGGAAGUAUGUUCCAGUGGAUGUGGACUUGAAGGAGCCUUCCAAGUUGCAAAAUUGGGACACUAUGGCCUUACUCAAUUUCUGGCAUGCUCAGCAGGAGAAAGGCGAAGGACCAACAUUCCCGUUCAAAGCAUGGAAGAACAAAGAUGGAGACAUGAAAGCAGAUGAUCCGAAGGCCUUGGAAUUCGUCAACCAACACCGAGAGCAAUCCUGGGAGUAA